GUCUAACCGUCCUCCAGCCGCAGCUCGGGAGGCCCCGGACUGCCAGGACCCCUCUGCCGGUUCCUCUCGCGGCCCGAGGCCUCAUCGCCGGAGAGGUGCCGAGUGCCCGCUCCUCGGGGGGACACCGUGGGGGGACUCCGGAGCCUUGUUGCUCCCCGCGGGAAGGAACGGGGACCUGGUCUCUCCCCCUCGCAGGGCGCCCGAGUGGCCCGGCACUGGAUGCCGGGGACUAGCUGCCGAAUAGAGCGACGCUCAGAUGUGAAAGCCGGGCACAGCUACCCUGCGAGCAGUGCGGUGAUGCUGCAGCAGCCUCCUGCUGCUUCGCUGAGGGACAGGGACUCCAUCAGUGGCUGGUAGAAAGCCCUACCCGAGGACUCCUGGAGGGCAGUGCGGGCAGGUGGACUCGGAUGCCUGAGCAGUGAACGUCCCCGGCUGGGGAGGAGAGGCACCCGGCAGUAGGUGUGAGGUGAUCUAGCCCAGCUCCCGCAGUGGCCUGGCUCUCUGGUGUCUGAGGAUGAGUUUGACCCCCACCAGGCGAUGCCUCCUGGACCUACCCUGGGAAGACAUCUUGCUUCCACAUGUUCUCUGUCAUCUGCCACUGCAGCAGCUCCUGAGCCUGCAGAGGGUCAGCAAGUCAUUCCAGUCUCUCAUCCAGCUGUACCUGGCCAAUAUGCGCUGCUUUGACUCAAGCCAGAUCAGACCUGCCAUCCCUCGAGCUGCUUUUGUUAACCUGUUGAAGGACAACAAAGUACUGCAGCAGCUGGCGCUCCAGGACUGCUCCAACUGGCUGACGGACUGCGAGCUGCUCCCAGUCAUCGAGCAGAACCACCACCUCCACCAGAUCCAGCUGAAGGGCUGUGUCCAGCUCAGCCGCCACGCGCUGGUGACCAUCUCGCUGAGCUGCCCCAACCUGCGCCAGCUGUCCCUGGCUCAGUGCGACUGGGUGGACAGCCUGGCCCUGCGCAGCCUGGCUGACCACUGCAAGGCCCUGGAGGCUGUGGACCUGACAGCCUGCCGCCAGCUGAAGGAUGAGGCCAUCUGUUACCUGGUGCAGAAGUGCAGCAGGCUCAAGUCUCUGUCGCUGGCUGUCAAUGCCAAUGUGGGCGACGUGGCAGUCGAGGAGACUGCCAAGUGCUGCCCCGAGCUGGAGCACUUGGACCUCACAGGGUGUCUGCGAGUCAAGAAUAACUCCAUCAGUGUCCUGGCUGAGUACUGUCCCAAGCUGCGCUCGCUGAAGGUCAAGCAUUGCCACAACGUGGCUGAGUCCAGCUUGAGCAUCCUCCGAAGCCGUGGGGUGGAGCUGGAUGUGGAGCCUCCACUGCAGAGGGCUCUUAUUCUCCUGGAGGAUGUGGUUGGCUUCGCCCCUUUCAUCAACCUUCAGAUCUAGAACUGCUGCUGCUGGGGAGGGGGGGACUGAUGCAACGCUGGGAACCCGGAAGGAUGCCGGAACUGGCUGCUGUGGAGACGUGCAGAGGGAGAGGUCGGUCCCAUUGGUGAGGCUGGCCUGAGUGGGGCUCACUCUUUCCUCUGGGGCUGUUUAGCAGCCACUGAGUGUUCAUGAAUAGGCUUCAUUGAUGCCUCUGGGGAAAGUAACUCCCUCUGCAGUGGCAUGGAGAGAGCGCUUGACUUGCAGGAACACCAUGGUGCUGAACAGGCCUUGGCCAGGCCAGCUAAUAGAUAGGAUUUACUAUUUGUUGUAUUUUAAAUCUCUAAGCGGCAGCUGUCCAGAGAGCAGGGGAGCGUGUGAUGGGGACUGUCCCCUGGGGUGGGUGUACACGGCAUGCCAGCAGAGCUGUGGAACAAACCAGACCAGCUGGAGCAGAAAAGAGAACAGCUACCAGCCUUCCUCUUGGGAGAGGGCAGGCCCCUCUGGGCUCUGGGAGGAGGGCAGUAAGCCUAGCUCCAGCCUGUGGCCACUGGCCAGCCUAGCACCAAAGGACUGGCAUGGCCCCAGCGCAGGCAGUGUGUCUGUCCAGGCCUAGGGUGCUGGUUUAGGCUGGGGCAAGGUGGGAGAUGCUCCUACCUACAGUUUCACUGACAGAAACGCACCAAACCUAGCUGUGCUGUCACUGAAAGCAGUUGGUCAUUGUCAUUUGUUUCUUCCAGCUUCUGACUUAACAUUUUAGUAGUGCCCAGGCCUGCUACUGUAUCUUGCUCCGUGUGGCAUGGCUGGAAAUUUGGCACUCAAUCGUGGUAAGAAAUGGCAGGAGCACUGGCUCUUCUGUCAGCUGAAGUUUGUGGAGAGCUGCAGGUUAUGUUGGCAGGGAGAGUAUAGCUCUGGAGUUCAGCCUCAGCCCUUGUUAUCCGCUAGGCAGUUAAUCAAACAGCAGCCACAUCUUGUGGUGAGAGUAAUGAGGGGAAGAGAGGAUGACCCUGAUUCUAUCUUUGACCCUAGGAGGGAUUGGAGAUAGCGUCUGUAAAGCAUGUGCAUGCUCUGGCAGAACUACACACCAACUCACAUCAUCUUUAUUAAUACUGGCACUCAAAGCAACAGUGCACAGAGACUUGUUAAAAAGAUUGCUGCAAAAGCACAAGCCACAUCUCAGAUCUAAAAAUGUCCCAUGCAAUAUAUAGCAGAGAAUGCCCAGGCCCCAGAGAGCCAGUGCAGUGUGCCCCUGGGGGCAGAGGGAUAGCUACACAAGGAGAGAAGUCUCCUCCUUGUCAACCAGGUUAGUUGAGGAAGCUGAAAACAGUGUCCUGGCUCCCAGGUUAGUUCAAGUUAGUGGCAGGUGGAGGAGUCCCUCAUUCCUAGCACCACAGUCCAUCCUGCCAUGCCUGGCCAGUGAGGUGGAAGGCUGAAGAGCAGGAGAACCUGGCUGUCAGUGGAACUUGUACUUCCUGGCUGGUUUUAGGCUGAUAUAGGUUCUUUUCAUCUCUUCACUCUCAGGCUUCUUGAUGUCUUUGUACCUCUCUCCUUUUGUACUCACCACCUGGUUAUCGAUAUAGCGGAUCAACUUCUUGGGAGCCUGGCGAGGAAAGACAUUAACACCAAGUGGAUGGACAGCCACACUGCUCGAGAAAGGCAAGGGGCAAGCAGAAGUAGAACUGCACUCUGGGAGGUGGGUGGGCUGCUUUACCAUCAUCUGUGCUGGGAAUCUUGGCCAAAAUUGGAAAGGAUGUUGUCUGAUGGGGGGGAGCAAGAGCCACGGUAGUCAGGAAUGGCAGGAACUGACAGACCCUGCAGCACCUGAGCUAAGCUAAUCUUCUCUCUUUGAGUAAGAGGUUCUGUGAAUGGUCCUGCCUUUGGCUGCCCUCUUGCUUUUUGGAUUUGCACCCUGAUUUUUUUAAACAUUCAAACUGCUGGUGAGCUGAGACUGCUCUGCUUACCUCUUUGGGUGGAGCUGGCCGAUGUGUUUUCUGAUCAUCUGCACUAUCCACCAUCAUGUAUCUGAAACACAAGAAGCAUUUAGUAAACACUGCUAUGUUGCCUUUAUCCCUUCUCCCCUGGAUGGUUUGUGGCUGUGCAAUGUGUCCUAUGUGACCAGACUGCAGCAAAGAGCACUUGAUGUUCCCAAGUGGAUGAAAUGGGCAGAAGUGUCAUCCUUCUGGUGAGAAUCCAGCAGGAUUCUCCUGGAGUAGCAUCCUUGGCUAUAUGUGAAAGGUAUUGAAAACUCAGGUGUCUGAGAAUGCUGAUAGCCACUGCAGAACUGAGAGAAGUGCUGAGGUCAGGUGUGCUCUCCCAUUAGGGCAGCUUUGCUCCUUCUCAGUCCAAGUGAUGGCAGCCAAAGGAGACAGGUGAGAUUAGAGGACCAAUCUGUCUGCUUCUGCUCUGAACGAUGGUGUUUCUUUCACACUCCAUCUCAUACUUGACUAUGAAACAGGCCUGUGCUGGAAGCAACUUCAUAAAAGCAUCACCUCAUUUCCUACGUGACUGAAACAUCAGGGUCCAAGCAUUUGCUUGCUGUACUGCUGAGUUGCUACUCUCUGAGAUUUUGGUGCUGGUUUAGCACAGCUGACCAUGACUGCUCCCUCAGUAGUUAGUAUAGUUGCUCAUGUGUAUCUUCAGCUAUGGCGAUCUGCUCUCUGUACCUGUGCUUGAGUGAUGUUUUAAAGUACAGGAUGUUGCCAAAAUGUCAUUAAACUGAAGUUCUCAGAAACAUAA